GACUGUCACGUAAUCGGGACGGUCCACUCCACUAUUGAGGAAGAAGAGAGGAAGAGUGGGAGGAAGGCUGCUGGCUGACUAACAGUCUUCGGGUUAUCUAGCGUUUGACUGCUAAGUCAUUUGUAAGUUCUAAAAGUAGUUUUAAAAGUAGCAAAGUAACGUAUAACUAAGUAGGUAAUACAAGUGAAAAUGUCUGCACGCGAGGACCUGUUAAAGUCCAUCUGGCACGCCUUCACCGCCCUGGACGUGGACCACAGCGGCAAAGUGUCCAAAUCUCAACUGAAGGUGUUGUCACACAACUUGUGUACUGUCAUGAGGAUCCCGCAUGACCCAGUAGCUCUGGAAGAACACUUUAAAGAUGAUGAUGAAGGUCCAGUCUCCAACCAAGGAUACAUGCCCUACCUCAACAAGUUCAUCCUGGACAAGGUGACGGACAACUUUGACCGCCAGGACUUCAACAGAAUGUGCUGGACUUUGUGCUGCAGGAAGAACCUAGAUCAGAACGAGCUGCUCAUCUCCAACGAUGACGCCUUCAGAAUCUGGUGCAUCUUCAACUUCCUGUCUGAGGACCACUACCCUCUGGUCAUGGUCGCGGAGGAGAUUGAGUACUUCCUGCGUAAGCUGACGGAGGCGAUGGGGGGCAGCUGGGUGGAAGAGCGCUUCGAGGACUACAAGCUGCAGCUGAUCUCCAAGCAGGAGCAGAGUCUGAGUGCCUGGCAGCUCAUCACGCUGGUGGGCUCAGGACGCUUCAGCAAAGGAAUGGACCGACAGAGCCUGUCUAUGGGCAUCCAGGAGGUCUACCAGGAGCUCAUCCUGGACGUGCUCAAGCAGGGCUACAUGAUGAAAAAAGGUCACAAAAGGAAGAACUGGACAGAGCGCUGGUUCAUGCUGAAGCCCACCUCCAUCUCCUACUACAUCAGUGAGGACCAGGCUGAGAAGAAAGGAGACAUCGUGUUAGACCAGCACUGCAGUGUGGAGCCUCUACCAGACAAAGAGGGAAAGAAGUGCCUCUUCUUCAUCAGAUCUUCACAGAAGGGUUUUGAGAUCAGCGCGUCGGACAAGAAGAAGAAACAGGAGUGGAUGCAUGCCAUUCAGACGUGUGUCAACCUGCUGCGAGCGGGCCGCCCGGCGCCGCAUUGCGAGGCCCGACAGAAACGACGAGAGCUGCGCCUCAAGCAGCUGGCCAACCAGGAGGAGUUGGAGAUGAGGAUGAAGGAGCUGCAGACUGCUAAUGAGGCCAAGCAGCAUGAACUGGAAGACAUGAGAAAGGCUCUGGAGGAAGCAGCAGCAAAUGCGGCAGAGGAAGAGCGGCGGCGAUUGCAGACCCAGACAGAACUUCAGGACCGCUACAGGCUGGACCUGGAGAGAGAGAAGAUGGUGAGGCAGCAGAUGGAGGAGCAGGUGGCCCAAAAGUCCACAGAGCUGGAGCAGUACCUGCAACGGGUCCAGGAGAUGGAGGACAUGUACCGACGGCUGGAGGAUGCCCUGGAGGAUGAGCGACGCGCCCGGCAGGAUGAGGAGACGGUUCGCAAGCUGCAGGCGCGCUUACUGGAGGAGGAGGCGGCCAAGAGAGCAGAGCUGGAGCAGAUCCACCUCCGCCAGCAGCGGGCCAUCUCGGAAACAGAGGCUGAGAAGCAGGAGCUGGAAAAGGAGCGCAUGGCCAAGGAGAGUGCCUUACAGGACGCCAUGGAGCAGCUGAAGCAGCUGGAAAACGAGAGGCAGGGGGCGCUGGAGCAAUACCAGACGGUGAUGAAGAAGCUAGAAGACGCCACCAACAACACAAAAACAUGGAAGCACAAAGUGGCGGAGCAGGAGGGCUUCUUGCGCCUCAUACAGCCAGGUUCCAAGGGGCAGAAGCUGAUCACAAACUGGGGCCCGGCUGCUUUUUCCGACGCUGAGCUGAGCCUGCGGGAAAAGAAAUGGCAGGAGAUGAAGAACCAGGUGACACAGGCUCAGUAGCAGACGUAGAUGCUUACAACAUACAGUAGCAAGAUGGGAGGUGGAGGUGUUCUUUUUGAAUGCUACGUUAGAAACGCUAACACCGUGAAGACUUUGGAUACUGGCGUUGAGUUCAGGGUUCUCACUAACUAACCUGCCCGCAGAGGAUGAGAUAACCAAAAUAUGAUACCACCCUCAGUACGAUGACGUACUGUUCUACACAAGCACCAUGAAUAAUAUCAUAAACAUAUGGUUACAUUAAUAGCUAUCAAAGUCAACAUUACUGUGCUCACCUAAUAAAGUGUAAGAAGUUUUUAAAGUUUUAUGAAUGAAAAUUGUAAUGUAAAUAUGUUGUCACUUUGAUGUGCUGUCUGACAUAAUGAGAUAAAGGUAGCAGUGUGUGGGCUGGUGUGUGUUCACACCAAAAUGCUAACUGCUUAAUACUGCCAUAUUUGGACAUGCAGCAUGUGUGACUGUUGUUGUUUUUAUAUGUGAAUAAAUAAAGAAAACACACUGAAUAACUUACUUGAUCUGUAAAUAUAAA